AUGAGCGAGGAUCCGAGGAAAAGGAGCAGCGGAGGAGGUGGUGGAGGAGUAGCAGCUUACCCGGAGCCGCCCGGGUCUCAGUGUGGAGAGGGAACCGAGACAGGUGAAGGCUCCGGGGUGGCUCUGAAGAAACAGAUCGGCCUGCUCAGCGCCUGUGGCAUCAUAGUGGGAAACAUCAUUGGAUCUGGGAUCUUCGUGAGUCCUAAGGGCGUCCUGGAGAAUGCCAGCUCAGUGGGUGUAUCCCUGAUCGUGUGGGUCUCCACUGGAGUCAUCACGGCUAUUGGAGCUCUCUGCUAUGCAGAGUUAGGCGUGACCAUCCCCAAGUCUGGGGGAGACUACUCCUAUGUUAAAGACAUAUUCGGAGGACUGGCUGGAUUUCUGCGUCUGUGGAUUGCGGUGUUGGUUAUUUACCCCAGUAACCAGGCUGUGAUCGCUCUUACCUUCUCCAACUACAUCAUGCAGCCUCUCUUCUCCUCCUGCCUCCCUCCAGAGAGCGGCCUCCGUCUGCUGGCUGCAGUCUGCCUCUUGUUCUUGACCUGGGUGAACUGCUACAGUGUGCGCUGGGCCACAUGUGUACAAGAUGUCUUCACUGCUGGCAAGCUCCUGGCCCUGGCCCUCAUCAUCAUAAUGGGCGGUGUCCAAAUCUGCAAAGGUCACUAUCACUGGUUGGAGCCAGCUCACGCCUUCGAGACCUUCCGUGACUACGAUGCCGGUCUGAUAGCUCUGUCCUUCCUGCAGGGCUCGUUUGCAUAUGGAGGCUGGAACUUCCUCAACUACGUCACAGAGGAGCUGGUCGACCCACACAAGAAUCUGCCUCGUGCCAUCUUCAUCUCUAUCCCUGUGGUCACUUUUGUUUAUGUCUUUGCCAACGUAGCGUACAUCACAGCCAUGAGCCCCCAGGAGCUGCUGGCCUCCAAUGCUGUCGCAGUGACAUUUGGAGACAAAUUGCUAGGACAUAUGUCUUGGAUCAUGCCCAUCUCCGUGGCACUGUCCACCUUCGGGGGAGUCAAUGGCUCGCUCUUCACGUCGUCGCGGCUGUUCUUUGCAGGAGCGAGGGAAGGCCAUCUCCCACGUCUGUUGGCCAUGAUUCAUGUCACACGCUGCACUCCUAUUCCAGCUUUGGUGUUCACUGUGGCCUCAUCUCUGCUGAUGUUGUGCACCAGUGACAUUUACACCCUCAUUAACUACGUGGGCUUCAUCAACUACCUCUUCUAUGGCGUCACUGUUGCUGGGCAGAUUGUGCUGCGCAUCAAAAAGCCGGACAUGUAUCGACCCAUCAAGGUGAGCCUUAUCUGGCCUGUGAUCUACCUGCUGUUCUGGGCCUUCCUGCUGGUCUUCUCCGUCUACUCUGAGCCUCUGGUCUGUGGUAUUGGACUGGCCAUCAUGAUGACUGGCGUCCCAGUGUAUUUCUUUGGAGUCUACUGGGAAAACAAGCCUCAGUGUUUUGAUACUAUUAUUGGUAAAAUGACUCUUCUGUGCCAAAAGCUCUGCUCAGUGGUCUAUCCAGACAUGGGCGGGAACCCGGAACCCCAUGCAGCGCCAAAUAAAGCCACGGUUGGGGAAGAUUGUUAA